UAGCUGCAAUCAACUCCAGUCCUAUCAAGCCUUCAUGAUGUUUUCCUUCGCCAAAUGGGUGCUGCUGAAUGGUCUCAAGAGGCAAACCAUUCAACGUAUUGCAGCAAGACAAAUCCAUAUGAAACACUCACCAAAUUUUCAUGACAAAUAUGGCAAUACUGUGCUAGCUAGUGGAGCCAUUUUCUGUGUUACUACAUGGGUGUUUUUAACUACACAGAUGGGAAUAGUAUGGAACCCUUCUCCUGUUGUCCAGGUCACCCCAAAAGAGUGGAAAAAUAAAUAAUCAUCACUAUUACUAUAAUACAGAAUUGUUUCAAACCCAACUUGUUAUGUACAUGCUACUGCUCAUUUAAA